AUGGAUAACUCGUCCGGAGCAUCAUUCCCAGCCACUCUUUCAUACGUCUCCUUCGUCAUAGGCAUAAUAUCUUUCAUCAUCACAGUCCUCAACCUCCUCGCCCUCUAUGCCAACUUCAUAGCCACCAUUCGCAGCGCACCGAUCGAGAUCCGAGAUGCUCUGGGCAACCUGCGAGCGCAACUGCUGGAGGAGCGUGAGGCAUUGCGGCAGCAGACGCGCGAGCUCCGCAACAAGAAGGCCCAGAUGCGCGAGGGUCGCCAGCGGUCACUGCACCCCGCCCAUGCCGGGCGUGCACGCAGCUCGAGCCGCAACGGCCUCAGCCCGCGGCCGAGCAGCGGGAACCUCCGGGGCGGCAUGCAUACAUAUGCGCUGAAUUACUCGGAGCAGACGCUGGGCUUGCACUACCAGACGGUCCGGGACCUGUGGAGGCAGUUUAAGAGCCUCGAGCGGCCGUUCCUGGUGUCGAGUGGGACGAGGGCAGAGGCUAUACGGAACGGGGACGUGUGGGUCGAGAAGGACUUGGUGGACGAGAAGACCUUGCGAGAGGAUAUCGAGCUGCACGGAGAGUCUGGGAGUUUCGCGGAUUGGUCGGCUUUCUAUCGGUGUGACUUUACGCAUCGGUUCAUCUGGUGGCAGAACAAGUCCGACGUCGUGAAGCUGGCGGACGAGGUCCAGCGAGUAAUGUUACGAAGAAUGGAACGGGAGGUCACAUGCAUGCGCAUGAUGUUGAAACAGCUGCGGGAUGGCGGGGACGGUCCUGAGGACAUCGCGAGUCCGCGGUUCGAUGGCGGAGGAGGAGGCGGUGGAGCCACGACGAGUGGAAGGGCUGGCAGCCGGGGCCCUGUUCCACUUGGCAUGCGAAGGAGGCCUACGGCGGAAAACUAUAAUGUCUACGAGUCAUCAGAGUCCAGCAGCUCAACGACUGGCCCAAAGUCACAGCGCCGUCCGGAUGAGAGAGAUCCGAGAGUCCAUGUCUCCGAGGUGAGGCAGAGCCGCCCCCCCUCAAGGGCGGGGCCUGAGCUGCGUUACAAUGGUGAGGGAUGGAGGCAGGGUCAGUUCACUAGAGUUGUCCAAUUGUCUCCUCGAGGAACUGCCCCGCCAAUACUUGAACCGCCACGACCCUCGAGACCUCGGACACGUUCGGGAUACGAUGGGCCGCCUGGACCACCUUCGCCUUAUGACAGGAGACGGUAG